GAGCUGCCGGAAGUAGGCUGCGGAGGUGGUGGCCCUGCAGGCAGCAGCUGCCAGGGAAACCGCGGCGCGGGAGGCACGACCCGCAGACAGACAGGCUCGGAGGUUAUUUCUGCGUCCAGCACCCAGGAGGCCCGAGGGCUCCCUUUGUCUGGGCCGAGGGUCCCUGGUCCAGCUGCUCCUCUGGACUUGGGCCUUUCGCUGAGCCCGCCAGGGGGCGCCGCGCUGAGGGGCUGCGGAGUGGGGGGCGGGCGCGGCUGACAGAAGCAGGGGCGCCUGGCGGGGCGGGAGGAGCGCGCUCUCCCCCGCUCAGGAGGUGCCCCUGGGCGGGGGACCCGGUGUCCUCACCGCAGUCUGAGGCAGGGGUUUCUGGGGGCAAGGAGGCGACGCGCCUUCUGCCCCCGCCGGCACCCUGGCCAUGACCGGCAAGUCGGUGAAGGACGUGGAUCGGUACCAGGCGGUCCUGGCUAACCUGCUGCUGGAGGAGGAUAACAAGUUUUGUGCGGACUGCCAGUCUAAAGGGCCACGAUGGGCCUCCUGGAACAUUGGUGUGUUCAUCUGCAUUCGAUGUGCUGGAAUCCACAGGAAUCUGGGGGUGCACAUAUCCAGGGUAAAAUCAGUUAACCUCGACCAGUGGACACAAGAACAGAUUCAGUGCAUGCAAGAGAUGGGGAACGGAAAGGCAAACCGACUGUAUGAAGCCUACCUUCCUGAGACCUUCCGGCGACCCCAGAUAGACCCAGCUGUCGAGGGAUUUAUUCGAGAUAAAUACGAGAAGAAGAAAUACAUGGACCGAAGUCUGGACAUCAAUGCCUUUAGGAAAGAAAAAGAUGACAAGUGGAAAAGAGGGAGUGAACCAGUUCAAGAGAAAAAACUGGAGCCUGUUGUUUUUGAGAAAGUGAAAAUGCCACAGAAAAAAGAAGAUCCACAGCUACCUCGGAAAAGCUCCCCGAAAUCCUCAGCACCUGUCAUGGAUUUGUUGGGCCUUGAUGCUCCUGUGGCCUGCUCCAUUGCAAAUAGUAAGACCAGCAAUAACCUAGAGAAGGAUUUAGAUCUUUUGGCCUCUGUUCCAUCACCUUCUUCUUCAGUUUCCAGAAAGGUUGUAGGUUCUAUGCCAACUGCAGGGAGUGCCGGCUCUGUUCCUGAAAACCUGAACCUGUUUCCAGAGCCGGGGAACAAAUCAGAAGAAAUAGGCAAGAAGCAGCUCUCUAAAGACUCCAUCCUUUCACUCUAUGGAUCCCAGACACCUCAGAUGCCUACUCAAGCAAUGUUCAUGGCUCCUGCUCAGAUGGCAUAUCCCACAGCCUACCACGGCUUCCCUGGGGUUACACCGCCGAACAGCAUAAUGGGGAGCAUGAUGCCCCCUCCAGUAGGCAUGGUAGCUCAACCAGGAGCCUCUGGGAUGGUUGCCCCCAUGGCCAUGCCUGCAGGCUACAUGGGUGGCAUUCAGGCGUCAAUGAUGGGUGUCCCGAAUGGAAUGAUGACCACCCCACAGGCCGGCUACAUGGCAGGGAUGACAGCCAUGCCCCAGACUAUGUAUGGGGUUCAGCCAGCUCAGCAGCUACAGUGGAACCUUACUCAGAUGACCCAGCAGAUGGCUGGGAUGAAUUUCUAUGGAGCCAACGGCAUGAUCAACUAUGGACAGUCAAUGAGCGGCGGAAAUGGACAGGCAGCAAAUCAGACUCUCAGUCCUCAGAUGUGGAAAUAAAAGCAAAACACCCAAAUGGCUGUCACUCUCCUCAGCCCUCGCUCUCCCUCUUUCUCUCCUUUCCCCAACUUCUUCCAUCACCACCCCUCCUCUUUUCUGACUUUUCUCCGUUUGGUUUAGAAAUUGCUCAAUAAGUCACUUGGGAUUUGGCAUCCUGCCCAGCCCAGCCACUUCCCACGCGAAGACCUCUCUGUUGCUUUACGUUGUACAUGCCUCCCUCGCCAUCCCGAUUCUCUCCCAGGCUCUCAGCCCCUAGUCCUCUCCUGGCACCAGCACCUUAGAAAUUGUUGGCAGAAGGCACUUAAACUGCAGGAGAAACGUGCAUACCGUUGAGAACCUUCCUUCAAGGUUAAAUCUCCUUUCAGACUCUGGGAAAGGUCUGCAGAUGAUGCAUAUAGGCAAAGAGGGUAAAGUUUAGAGGUCCUUCUAUACGUGUUAAUAAGCUAUCUCUAAGUGUUCACAUUUGAGGAGGGAGGGAACGUGUGGCUCAUGAUUUCAUAGGAUUGAAGAAAGUACUGAAUCAAAUAACUCCUUGGCUUUUGGAUCAGGUUGGCCCUACCCCUGCGGUGAGGCAAGCCCCCUCUUAUGUGGAAGAGCAGAAAUAUUAAUCUGUUUGCCCUGAGUUGCUUUCUGGAUCUGGGGGUUCCGGAGUUGCUGCUUCCGUCAGCCUUUGUUAGCACCAAAGACUUCAUGAAGUUCACACACAAACAUGCAUCCCUCCCCCACCUCCUCACUGCCUUCCAUGAGAUCUGGCUCCAUGGCUAGAGGACCAACCCCGCAGUGGGAACACACAGCUUAACAUGUAUACUGUUCAUGUGUGUGUAUGUGUGUGUGUGUGCGAACGUGUGGAUUUUGCCUCCCACCCCUCCCCAUCUGCUCUGAGUGUUUUUUUUUUUCUUUUUAGUUUUAGGUUUACAACAGAGAGGAGUUAAUUUAUCAAGAGCCUAAAACUGUUGCCAGUUUUUCUUGUAGUUUAAAAAAAUUGCCGUCUCGUCCAUAGCUCUCUUCCUCCUCUCCCUUCUCCCAAUCUGCCAAUCACUCUUCAUGCCUGUGUAUCCAGGGUGCCCUGUAUCCCACCUUCCCGAGUGUGGGAGGCGCAGGGCCCAGACUGCUUUCCUCUCAGUCAUUGUUCACCUCACUUGAAAAUUCAAACAAGAAGACUUUGCUUAAAAGAUUUCAUGUGUGGGAACCACAAUUCCUGGUUGCCUUUCUCCUGUGUAUGUGUAAAUUCCUUAAUAAAUAUUGCAGGGAAGGUG